AUGUCUAGGCUCUCAAUACGAGCAUACCUAUCAGCUGCGCGGCGGCACUUACAGAAAUGCUUGAUAGAGAAAAGCCACACCUCUUUCGUCAUCGGUAAUGAAUCUGCCGACCUGGACUCCAUCACAUGUGCUUUGAUAUAUGGCUACCUUCUAUCAGAAAGACCCGAAGUGAAGCGUUCUGGAAGUCUGGUAAUCCCAGUCACCAACAUACCAGCAGCCGACCUCCAGCUUCGUCCAGAACUUACAGCACUCCUCAAACAUGCCGACAUCAAGCCUUCCGAACUCAUCACAUUGGACGAUAUUGGGACAGAUUCAUUGUCAGCAGACAAGACUAGCUGGACGUUGGUAGACCACAACUCACUACAAGGCAAGCUGGGCGAGUUGUAUCGAAGUCGUGUCAUUGGCGUUGUCGAUCAUCAUGAUGAUGAGCAUACUGUGUCCGAAGAUGCCCAGCCACGGAUCAUCACCAAGACUGGUAGUUGUCAGAGUCUGGUGAUCAACCAUUUGCGAGACACAUGGCAGAAGAUUUCGGAUUCAGCAAUGACAGUUGGUGCCGCACAUCCGCAAAAUAACGAAACUUUGGUUGAUGACCAUGCUUAUACUUCGACAUGGGAUGCACAAGCUGCGAAGAUUGCUCUGGGAGCUAUCUUGAUCGACACAGUCGAUCUGAAAGCAGAGCACAAAGUCACUGAGCAUGACAAGAAAGCUUUCAGAUUCCUGGAGGCGAAGAUCAACAUUUCGAGAAAGUACGGCAAGGACUACGACAGAGACAGGUUCUUCACGGAGAUUGAUGAUGCCAAAUCGAAUCUGGAUGGCCUUUCACUAGAGGACAUCCUUCGGAAAGACUACAAGCAAUGGACAGAAGGCGAUCUCACACUUGGUAUCAGCAGCUGUGUACAGCCUAUUUCGUACCUCACUGAGAAGGGAAAGGAGUUUCAAGGCUCGCUGAAAGCAUUUGCCAAAAGCAAGUCUCUCGAUCUCUUCGUUAUCAUGCCUGCAUUCAAGGAGGGGGGCAACUUUCAGCGUGAGAUCUUACUCAUGACGCUGAGCGAGAAGGGUAAUGCAGCCGCUGAGCGUUUCGCCAAGAGUGGUCAGGAAGAGCUAGAGCUGGAGGAUAAGGAGUCUUCGGCUUUGGGCAAGGACGAUGAGAUCAAGUCUCGGUACUUUUGGAACCAGAAGAACCUUGAUGCGAGCAGGAAAAGGGUCGGACCUUUGCUGCGGGAGGCGAUGAAGGGCUGA